CCAUGGCAAGGAUUGAAGGUUGGAACUAAGAAGCAAAAGUACGAGAAGAUCAGUGAGAAGAAGAUGUCAACUGCUAUUGAGGCUCUUUGCAAGUCACAUCUGUCAGAAUUUGCAUCCUACUUUCACUACUGUCGCUCCUUACGCCUCGAUGAUAAGCCAGACUAUGCAUACUUGAAGAGGAUUUUUCGAGAUCUCUUCAUCCGUGAAGGACACGUCUUUGAUUAUGUGUUCGACUGGACGAUUUUGAAAUAUCAGCAAUCCCAAAUUGCUGGAGCAGCACCCCCAUCAGUCCCUGGACCUGAUGGUACUAGAAGCGGUGCAAAAGCAGCCGUAGCCGCUGCAGACAGGGCAGCAGGAGGGCAAGAAGGUCGUGACGCCCAAAGUCGAAAUGUCGAUGCAGUUGAAGGUGCCCGACGGAGGCUUACAGCCACCGCGAUUGGAACAGGUGGUAUGACUUCAUUUGGAGAGCCACCUAAGCAUAAAAGCCCUGGCCCUGAUGAGACUACCACGACGGAUAACAGUACGUCCUCAUCUCUGGUUUCAGUAGUUGUGUAUCAGUUAAAGAACCCAAUUAUUACCUUCUCAUGCUCAUGCUCAUCACAAGUUCAGGCCUUGGCGCACACUAAGUGCAGUUGGCGUUGUUUAGUGUAAGUAGAUGAAGAUGGCCUGACUUUCAAUUUUAAGUUUGAUUGCAACCGCCUUGCCAAGGCAUAUAUAGAUGCUUCCUAGCCUUCUUCAAGUAGUAUAUUAAUUUGUGCAUUCUGAUGACAAAUUUGUAUAAUUUAAAAGCCU